AGCUGAGGGCAAGCUCGGAGUUCCCCAGUCUCUCACUGAAGCGAGCCGCGACGGCGACGAGACCAGUCGUCGAAACUAUAUAACCCUCUCCCUCCUUCCCUCUCGCCCUCCCUCCCUCCAUCGCCGGCGAUUCUCGUCACCGGCCGUGCCGUCCGCUUCUCCGACGAUGGUCUCGGUGCUCUGACGGCGCUGUCGCCUCCGCCGAUCGACUCGAUUGCGAUUCCGUCCGUUUUGAUCCGCCGGCGAUGGCGCUCCCUCUCGGGAAGCUCGCUAUUCUCGUCGGGGCAGGCAUUGUAGGGUCGGUUCUUGCAAAAGAAGGUCGCAUGCCAAAUGUUUCAGAUGUUUUCUCUGCUUUUAAGGUGCUGAAGGGAAUCAGGAAAGAUGAGUCCACUUCAUCUGUGAACAAGCCACGCAAUGACUCCUUGAUGGCUCAGGUUAACAGCCUCAGGCAGGAACUUCAGAUAUUGGCAUCAAGUAGGCCAGUUACAAUUGUAACUACUUCUGGAACAGGCACCAGCAGAUACGGUAUUGUGAUAGUUGUUGUUGUGGUGGGAUAUGGAUAUGUUUGGUGGAAGGGGUGGAAACUUCCUGAUCUGAUGUUUGCUACGAGGCGAAGUUUAUCAGAUGCCUGCACAUCUAUUGCUAAACAACUUGAAAAUGUCUAUUCAUCGAUCUCGGCCACCAAGCGCCAUUUAUCUUCAAGAAUCGAUCGCUUGGAUUGCAACUUGGAUGAGUUUGCCCAGCUUACUGCUGAAACAAAAGAUACGGUAUCCGAUAUAAGUGCUGAAAUGGAGGCAAUUAAUGCAAAUGUUACAAGUGUUCGGAGCGCAGUAGAGAAUCUGGAAUCAAAGAUUGGCAGAAUCGAAGGCAAACAGGACACUACAAACAUUGGAGUACUGGAGUUGUGUGCCUUUGCCUCGAGUUUGAGUAAUGGAAGAACUUCAGAGCGUAGUCAGGCUUCACUGACCACUUCGACUAGAGCUGCUCUUGAGCCGGCCCCUGCUUCACCUGCUUCCGCUGGGCAUAUUAAUUCAUUGCCUCCAUCACCAUCUAAUUCCAAUGGAUCUCGCCAGGUUUUCCGGCCCCUAUAUAGUGCUGUCUCUGCCUCUGGCAUCAUGGAGAGUCUAGGAGAUUCAGAAGUUGCCUCGAGAACCCCCGAGGGUUCAAAUGGAAACCAAGUUCCUGAAGAUGCGAACGGCAACAGGUCUUCAAGUUCUGGCAUAUUUGGAAGGAGGAUCUCAGGAAUAAAUGCCUCCUUUCUUACAAGAACGCACAGCUUAACAAGUUCAGUUCUUCGGCAAGUGCGCUCAAGUACCCAGCAAUCAUAACAUUAUCAGGAUCGAAAAUAAAGAAUUCUUCGUGCGGUCAUACACUGGCCUUGUUGAGCGGCCUUCUAAGCCGCACGAGUGGCCAGAAGCUGUACGACUAAAUAGGUUGUCCCCACACUAAAUUAAUUGAAAGACGGACUGGGCACCGAAUUUUUGCAGUGAUCUAUGGUUGCUAAAAUGGUUACUUAGGUCAUUUUUGUCGUGUAUAUUUCUGGAUAUAGGUCUCUGUCCAGCUGGAAGUUGGACGAAAAAGAUAGAAGUCAAAAAUAAAACUGUCCUUAGUCUUUUGGAUUA